AUGAAAGUUGAUGAUUUACAACAGUUCGAAAUUGAAAAAAUUCAGAAAGGGUUCAGAUUUUUCGAUAAAGAUAACACCGGCUUCAUCCCAAGUUCCGAAUUAGGCAAUGCUCUUCGUUGGCUUUGUUUAAUUCCCAGCGAGCACGAAAUUGAAAGUUUUCGGGAAGAAUUAGAUCCUGAUCAAACUGGCAUGAUAUCGUGGCUUGGAUUUUUGAAAGUGGCUGCAAGGAUUUGGUGGCGUGACACGACUUUAGAGGCCCAUGUCACGAAAGCAUUCUGGGUGUUUGACAAGGCUGAUACAGGCUCCAUUCCUCUGGAAGAAAUGAAAAACAUUUUGACAAAUACUGGCUUGGAACCAAUUCCUGUGAAAGAAGCGGAAAAAUUUGUCCGACGCUAUGAGGCCAUUCCAGGCUUUUUUCAUUAUUUAUCCUUCGUUCGGGAUGCGAUUAAAUGA